AUGUAGAAGAAUUUAAAUUACUUUUAUAAUAAUUCUGAGGACAGCUUAUGCAAGAAUCUGAACUAGUGCUAAAACAAUCUUAGCAACUGCUUGAGCAUGGCAAACACUAUUAUGAAACUAGAUUAAAUAUUUAUCCGCUUGAACAUUCAGCUCUAAUCUUAGAUGCAACAAUAAAAAUAAUUGCAAAAAAACAGCUUAUUUUCAUUCAAAAUUGUAUGA